GCUGCAAGUGUGUUCAGCGAAUGCCUUCUCAGUAUAUAUAUUUCAACUCCCGCCGUUGAGACGAGAAGCAUAAAUAUGGAGCACUAUGAUUAUAUUGUCGUGGGGGCAGGAAUCGAAGGGUCGUGGACAGCGUACCAAUUGGUGAAAGGGGCUGAUAAGAAACCAUCAGUUCUGUUGCUAGAACGAUUCCCUCUGCCCCACAGCCGCGGCAGUUCCCACGGCCAAACUAGAAUCAUAAGAAAUGCCUAUCCAGACGCUUUCCACACGGCGAUAAUGCCGACAGCCUUCAGGGAGUGGCAGAAACUUCAGGCGGAGUCAGGAGUUGAUAUUUUGGUACCAAAACCACUGCUACUGAUUGCUGAUGGCAAGGGGUAUAAAAAGAUGGACAAAAUUAUCGCCUGUGUGAAUGAAGAAAAAGCCAAGCAGCCAGAUGCUGACAUUCAAUUGAAGGAGCUGUCUAGAGAGGAGCUGGAAACUCAGUUUCCGCAGGCCAAGUUCAGCAGCCAACACCGCGCCUGUGUCGAGCACACCGCCGGAAUUUUGCGCGCUGACAAAUGCGUAGCCACGGUGCAGAGCGAGUUCAAAAAGCGGGGAGGCGUAAUUCGGGACGGUUUCGAGGUGACGUCAGUGGUGCCCGGCGAGAGGGUCACCGUCAGAGGUCGAUUCAAUAAUCAGGCAGCCAGUGUGACUGCUUCCAAGUUGGCCAUUUGCGCUGGGCCGUGGGCCUCCAAAUUAAUCGACCCUUUGCUACCAACAAAGUUACCCUUGGAGGCGCUGCGGAUAUUGGUUUUUUAUUGGAAAAUAAAGGAAAAUGGUCCUGGUGCUAUUCCAUCCACCUUCAUCGACUGCGGUGAGGGCGAUUUCUGGGGCAUUCCUGAACUCGAAUACCCGCACAUGUAUAAGCUCUGCAACCCGUCUUACACGGACAAAGUCGAGCCUGACGACCGAGAUAAAAACGUCGGCGCUCCCGACUACUCUUCCAUGGCCGAUUACAUUGAAAAAUAUUUUCCUGGACUAGAAAGCAAGCCAUCUAUAGUGGAAACUUGCAUGUAUACCGUGACGCCUGACUUGACCUGCAUUUUGGACACCGUGCCUGGGCACAGCAACAUCGCCUUUGGCUGUGGAUUCUCAGGGAUCGGGUUCAAAAAGGCGCCAGCUGUUGGAAUAAUGAUUAAGCAGCUCCUGAAUCCACAGGAGGAAAAGAUUCUUGAUUCUACCGCUUUCCGAUUGAUCAGAUUUUCAACUGAUUAGCGAUCAAUGUUUGGAAAAGUUGAAAAGAACCAAAAUAUCCAAUAUUCCGCAUUAAAAAUAAGUAAUUAGCCUUCCAGAAAAUUGCUAUGCCAACUUUCUUAAAAUAUAUUUUUAUUCUGACCAUAUUGUAUUGUAUACAAGUUUUAAUGAACAAGUAAUUAAUAAACAUAUACAAUUAACGACGAUUUCAAAUCUA